UUUUUUUUUAAGAAUAUUUUGACGAGAAAUUUCGACCCUUUUGCUUCCAUCGUAAUUCUACCGUUUCUCCUUUCUUCUCCUGCAACAAUUUCAUUGACUUCCAUUCCAACAACUUUCCGAAUCGCCGGCCGAGCAGCACAGAGAAAAAGCUUAGGGAAAAUGUCGAAGAACGAUGAGCCGGUCGUCGGAAUUCCAUUCUAUGUUGGCAAUAACUCUUAUCAGGCUGGACAGAUCCCUCCGAACGCCAUUUUUGGCCAUCCCCAGGGAGUUCCUAUCCACCAAACCAUGUACCGCGACACUCCUGCUCCUUACUGCUGUGUUUACUGUGGAAAUUCCGGUCUCACCUCCAUCAGAUCGAAGAUAAGUUUAGCUGCUGUCGUCGGUUGUAUGAUGCCAUUUAUGUUGGGAGUAUGCUUUCUUUGUCCUUCAAUGGAUUGCCUUUGGCAUAAGUAUCACUAUUGUCCCAGCUGCAAGGAAAAGGUUGGUGAUUUUGAGAAAUCGGAUGCGUGUGCUGUGAUGGAUCCUCCACACUGGACACAGCCAAGCUUUGCAUUGCCUGCUUGAUUUUUACGAGCUGCUAGUUUAUCGUGUGGCUAUUUUGCAUUGUCUGCAGUCAGUAUUUGCUAUACUCUUGUGCUAUUUGAUAGAACCAAGUACAUGUUUUUUAUUUGCUAUACUCUUGUGCUAUUUUUGAGAUGUUCUUGUUACAAUUAGGGAUAGGCAAGGUUUGGAUACAAUUGUGAUAGAAUCAAGUACAUGUUUUUUUAUAACUUACCGCUUGUAAAUAACUUGUUCUUACAUUGGCAUUGUUGUUGAUAUAUAAUACCGCUAGCUUAGUCUGGAGGAAUCAUUUCAUAGA